CAGAAGCGCGCAGUGGCUCUCCUUAGCUCAUUAGCUGCACUAAUACAACAUGUUAUGAUGACUAAUGUGAAAGCCCAUCGUGUUGUUUGCCGUUAGUUAGUUAGCUAGCUAGCUGAUGGAUAUAAGGAGGAGCAAUUAGCAGCUAGCUGGUGGACAUAAGGAGGAGCAAUUAGCAGCUAGCUGUGGACAUAAGGAGGAGCAAUUAGCAGCUAAAGAGCCAGCUAUCGUUCUCAGGAAGUCGGUGAACACCAAAAACAGAGCAACAAGAGGGAGUGAAUAUUGGAUCUGUUCACCAUGUGGACACAAAUAUGACUUCACAUGAAUGAAAGGUAAUAUAGUACUGGAGCUCUCCAAAGACAAACACAACGCCAGCCUGCUGGACAGACAGUUGGUCCAGUUCCAGGGCUCCGUCAACCGAGUGGAGAGCGAGCUGAGCGGCCAGAUCCGAUACCUCACCCAGGUAGCUACCGGUCAGCCUCAUGAGGGUUCCACCUAUUCGGCCAGGAAGGACUGUCAGAUGGCACUGAACAGAGCAGAGUAUGCCAAGGUCAAACUGGGAGAACUGGGACGGACCUGUGAAGUCAUGCUGGAGCAGCAGCAGCAACAACAACAGCAACAGCCGCCGCUGACAUGAGAGCAGAGAGAUGUUCACUGCAGCAUUUCACUCUAAUGACUGUAUUUGCCACCAGCCUUAACAGUUUUUCAGCAAUCUUUGUCAAUUUGUAAUACAAAUACUGAAGUACCACAAGAAACGCAAAGAAAAACUGUGUUCUCUCUAAAGUAGUUUAUGUUUUGGGUAUAUUUUGUUGUUUGUAACGUGUUUUAAGAUUCCUCUAAUACAAAGAAAGUUGAUACCAAA